GAUUCCUCCAUGCUGCAGACACAGAGGAGGGAGGUAGCAUCGCUGUACAGUAAUAUAUAAGCAGCAUGCUCAGAGGCUGCAGCAGCCCCGGUUUCCUAGUAACCGCCCAGCUGCCUGCGCCCGGUCCCCCUGCCCCCCGUGACGUCAUGCCCCCGCCCCCAGGUGCCGCCGGCAGCCGCAGGUAGCAGCCGUCUCCCGGGUAACCGUCUCCUGUCAGGCCGGGGAUGGGAUGGAGGCCCGGGGGAGCGCAGGCUCGUUGACCGGGAGGGACACCCCGCCGCACCAGGAGGAGCCCCCGCCAGUGCGGGACCGGCUGGCCGGUAUACAGAAAGGGAACAGCGUGUGCUCCCGCUCGUACUUCGUGGUGGUGAUGGUGUUCGUGCAUGUCUACAUCCUGAAUGUCAUCGCGCUGCUGCUCUACGUCUACUACACCAACGGCGGCCAGCCCGAGGCGGACACCCCCGCCGGCCCGGCCCCUGCACCGGCCCUGCAGCACCGGCCGAGGCUCAGGCACGAUGACAGCGCCGGACCCUACACCUACCUGCCCCGGCUGGAGGGCAUCAAGGUCGGGCACAGACAGAAGGUAGAGCUGGUUCACAAUAAAAUGCACGAUAUGAAGACUCUCAGCCUAAAGCCUCUUCUGUUUGAGAUUCCUAACUUUCUGACAGGAGAAGAGUGCAAGCUCCUCAUCCACUUGGCCCAGCUAAAAGGACUACAGGCCAGUCAGAUUUUGCCCAUCGACGGCUACAAGGAAGCCAUGGAGAACCUAGAGAUCAGUAAGGCUGACAUCUUUAACCUGCUGGACCACAAUCAAGACGGACAACUGCAGGUAAAAGAGGUGUUAACCCAUUCCCGGCUUGGGAACGGCAGGUGGAUGACACCGGAGAAUAUUCGGGAGAUGUACACUGCUGUAAAAGCUGACCCGGAUGGAAAUGGUGUUCUCAGUUUGGAUGAAUUCAAGAAGCUAAACCUCAGGGACUUUCACAAAUACCUGGGCAACCAAGAAAUCACCAUGAACGAUUUGGUGAGGAACAGUCAGCACACCUGGCUGUACCAGGGAGAGGGCGCUCACCAGGUUCUGCGCUCUAUACGUCAAAGAGUCAUCAAGUUGACCCAUCUGCCCCCAGAUGUGGUGGAGAACAGCGAGCCUCUACAGGUGGUGAGGUACAACACUGGGGGGCAUUACCAUGCCCACAUGGACAGUGGCCCAGUGUUUCCCGAGACAGCCUGUGCCCACACCAAGCUUACAACCAAUGAAACGGCUGCUUUUGAAACCUCCUGUCGGUACGUCACUGUCCUGUUUUACCUGAACAAUGUUACUGAGGGUGGAGAGACCACGUUUCCAAUCGCUGACAACCGCACGUAUGAGGAGAUGUCCUUAAUCCAGAAUGACAUUGAUCUGAGAGACACCAGGAAGCAUUGUGACAAGGGGAACUUGAGAAUUAAGCCACGGCAAGGAACGGCUGUCUUCUGGUACAAUUACCUGUCUGAUGGCAAAGGCUGGGUGGGAGAUCUGGACGAGUUUGCGUUACAUGGAGGCUGCCUAGUGACAGAGGGCACUAAAUGGAUUGCAAACAAUUGGAUUAAUGUGGAUCCCAACAAGACGCGCCAGCUUUGGUUCCUGCAGGAAAUGGCUCGGUACGCCAAAGACGACGGUGAAUUGCAGAAGGAGUGGACGGUAGACAAGUCUUACAAGGACAUGCAUGUGGAUUUAUAACGGGAGAUUAGCCCGGCUUCGGGGUUCAGAGCGCCCCCAUCGCUCGUCCAGUCACUUAGGUGCCCUCUGUUUUGUUUUCCUCUUCCAGGCUUCUGAGCUGUGAGGAUUUCAUUGGGCGAUCAUUCAUGUGUUGGCACCAGGUUAAGCAUUCGGUAAGAAGGGAGUCUGCACAGCAGGUGUACAUGGUGCAUUGGAGUCUGACUCUGAGAUCUGACAUAUGGUGUAAGGUGACAGGACAGUGAGAGUCUCCCGACAGAGCUCUCACCCAGUGGAGCAGGAAAGUGAUAUUUAUCGAGACCCCCAAAUCCGGCCACUCAAUGCUUUGUGCCUAUACACAGGACCCUUUUAUUCCUCCUUAUUUAUUAUGAUAAAAAGGUAAAUCUUCGUAACCUUAAAGUAGUCGGAGAUUUCAAUCUAAUUAAGGCACACAAUGGCCCAAAAUGGUGACGUAUGGAAAUACCCAUAAUCUAUUUAUAAUCCUCAGAGAAUCUUAUUUAUAACGCCUUAUUCAUUGUGACAUGCGUAUUUUACAUGUGUAUCCGUUACAUGCAGUGGCAGCAUGACAAAUCAGGCAAGAGAAGGUAGGUGUGUUGGACAAGACGAUAUAUAGAUAUACAGUAUAGGGCGGUAUUGAAAUGAUAUCUUAUGCCCAAUCUCCUUUCUAAAGUGAUCCCCGUUAUUGCGCAUAUCGCGCCCUAUAGUAAUCUGGUUUAGCUGCGUAUAGGGUAGCGAGCUGAAAUGAUGAUACCACGCCCGUCAGCAGAAACAGAACGGGUGUGGAAGGGGGGCGGAAAGAAUUGAAUACCACCCACAGAGUUAAUAUAUUUAUUGAUUGGUAGACAAACGUAAUAAAGGCACAGAAAAUUACACUUAGUUUUUAUAUAUAUAUAUAUAUAUAUAUAUAUGUAUUAUAAUACAGUUGGUGAAGAUUAUCAUUGUUGUAUGUGGCUGCCGCUGUCUGUGGCGUGUUCAUUAUCAGCGUUGCUACUCCUGGAGAAAACCUUUAGGCUCCUUUUGUGUUUUCAGUGAGUGUGUACCUGCCGGAGUACAGUAAUGCUCUCCAGUGUUAACCAUUACCCUAUGGUGUAUACAUAUCUAUCUCUCCUAGGCGUAUAUCUGUGGCUUUUACUAAUGGAUAGUUGAUACAUGAAUUGGGGUCUAGAACUAUCAGGUCAGAUAUACAAUGAGGAGUAUAGAGAGAGGGUCAGUGUCUGUUGUGUAAAGCAUACGCUGUUUGCCCCAUUUGUUAUGGGGCUUGAUUUUGACCUCUGACUUUUAGUUAUUGUACAACACUGCAUUAAUUGUUGCUGCUUCAUAGAUAACGGAAUAGUGACGAUGGUUUCCCACAAGGUUUUUGUGCUUCGUUUUCUUUCCAUCCAGCAUUUAUUUUUAAAGAUGCUUCUCGGUUGUGAUCAAUGGGUUUUGCGUUGGUAUUGUCACACAAGCAGAUUUACUGGUCUGGCGAUUUUUAAUUCAGCUAUAUGGGGCGUUUGUGGCCAGCGGGAAAUUAGCUGAAGCUUCAUAGAAGAGAAAUGCUCUGAAUGACUAUCUGCUUUUCUGGUGAGUGGAAACAACUCUAGCCUGAUAAUAAGUGCAUUCGUCCACCAUACCUCCAAUGGUCCCAAUGCUUGGAGGGGAGGGGAGGGGAAGGAAGGGAGACAGCUAGGUAGUUGGUAGAGUGUUGGGAGCUGUUGUCAGCAGAGCAGCGCUGAGUGGAAGCUGCACCAACAAGUUGCCAUUGAGUAAGGAAGGGGUUUGGGGUGACCUAAUGUCCUAGAGGUGCCUGGCAGGCCCCUGUUCACAACGCACCCAUGCAGAUUCCAACAUUUGGAUUGCUGGGAGAAAUUCUGCAGAUGAUGAUCUUUCCAAGAGUCUAGUUUAUAUUAAUGGUUAUAAUCCUGUAGCCAAUGUACCUGAUCUUUGAGCGUGCACAUAAGCUUUGCUUUAGAGCCCUUUCACACACGUGCACUAGUAAGAUGGAUACAAGUGCAUGUAAACGUGCGCUGCUUUAGACGCAAUUUCCCAGCAAUUUUAGCAAGAGACGAGAAGUAGGGUCUGCCGUGUUCUAAAAUUUCCACAAGUCCCUAUAGUGACCCUAUGAGUAUAUUACAUUGAAUUAUGUCCGUAGUUACCUUAUAACCUUAAACAUAUAGUUCCUUUUUAACCCUUUUGAGAUCAUUAGUAAAUAAAUCUUCGGGGUGUUUUGUGAAGUCCCGGUCCUCGAUGUCAGGUGUUUGUGUUACAGCCGGCGAUGGGACUUGUAAGAAGCAGGCUGACCGUUGUGUAUAGGUGGAGGCUCUGCACCAAAGACGGCCGCUUCCAUGCAUUUUAUAGACUACACAAGCGCAUGUUGCAGCCUCGCUCACAUAUAUCUCCACCGUUUCCUCCCCUGAGUCCUGCAAUGGAGAAAUCCUCAGGCCUGAUCCUGAUAUCUAGGACAGACGUCACAUUAGCAUAUUAUACCAAAGAACACGCUAUCAUCCAUUACUGAAACAAAUGCUAUUUUUACUGUCAUUUUAUGGCCUGAUCUUCAUAUCUGGGGUGGUUCUGUCCCUUGUGAACGUCAGUAACUUAUAUAUAGUAUUUAUUGGAUUUGUGUGUCUUUAUGUUGUGGUAAUAUUGAUAUCGGGGUUGUUUGCAUCAUGCUAAAUCUUUUCAUGUGACAUUGAUUUUUUUUCCAUGUUAUCUGAGCUUCCGUAUCUGUGACUCUAGGCGAUUUAUAGUAGGGGAUGUGAAGAGCAUUGAGGGGAAUCAAAACAGAAUCAGUUGCAGUCUGGAUGUUUACUGGGUGUUGGUGAUAUGAGAAGGAGAACAUUCGCUCUGUGCAUUGGAUAGGUGCUGUCUUAGGAUUCUGCCCAUGGGGAUACAUACAAUAUAUCCACAUUAAUGCUUUCCACAGUCAAAAUGUCACGGCAGUGCCAAUGUGAUUUAAAUCGUGCUGGGUGCGCAUUACCGCCGCUUGGGAUCCCAGCGGUCAGCAUACAGAAUGCAGGAUCCCAGAGGCGGAAUGGGGGGGGGGGUCGAGCGCAACAAGCCUUUUGCGGGCUCGGUGGUGUCGGUGGUGACAGGCUCUAUUCCCACUCUAUGGACACUCAAGAGUAGAAAUAGUCCCUGCUAGUGGGCGGGAUUUAGAGGUGGGCGGGAUGUAGCGGUGGGUUAUGUUGCAUAACUACAUCCCAUUUAAAUCAUUGUAGCUAUGUUGGCAUUUUAACUAAUAUUGUUUAUCAUGUUUAAAGUUCUAAUGCUGACACUGUAACCACAUUACAUUCGGGUCGGCGUUCUCCCGUCACCAUAAUGCCGCCAACAUAGCUAUAACAGGGAUCGGGUACCAGAAAUAGAGAGUCUUCAGAGUAAUAUUAUGCAAAAUGUUUCUUCGUUGUUAGAUAAUCCUGGUUUGUCAUGGGUUAGCUCUUUAUUGAGGAUUGUUAUCGAAACCUCUGCUGAGGAAUAGAAUAUGUUAUCUCUUCCUCGUUAUAAUAUGCACGGGAAUAAUACUGUCCGCUUACAGUGCGAGGUAUAGUACUUUACGCUACUAAGUACUUUGUUGCUGGAAAAGAGUAUUAUAAGUUCUGGCUGUAUAAACAGUAGCUGUAGCUUAGGUUUAGGCCGUGGCUGCUUUAAGUCGGCAGCUGGUUGAUCCUGCCAGUGGACACAAGCCUCUUUACCAUGCUUUACUAUCCUGGGGCUGAGAAUAUGGCUCUAGAACAGUUUUCCUCCUGUAGAAUCUAAUGAGGCCCAUGCAUCAGCAAAGUAUUGCCCCUGUUCCCUGUUCUGCAAAGAUUGGGGAAAUGGGAAAUCCAUUAUGUUGGCUUUCCCUGAUUUGCUGAUUCCAACCUAAAAAUUAUUGGGAUCGUCGAAUCAAGGAUUUUUAACAUGCAAAAUUUCCCUGAUUCCCCGACAGAUCGCCAAUCAUCGAUGGCCACUGAUCAGCGGAUCAGGGAAUCAUGGAGUGGAUGUAUGGCCUGCAUAAGUUCCCCCGGUCAAAGUACUUGCAAGAAAAUAAAAUACAAAAAUGUGUUUAAUUGCAGCCACCAGGAUCCGUUGCCAGCAAGCGACAGGUGGUCUAAUCCUGCUCAUACGGCUCAUUUAAUAAUGUAGCACGUUGGUGUGAGAUUUGCACUGAACCAGAACAAGUUCUAUUUGUGUAGGGCUUGUGAGCCAAUGACCGAGAGCGUCUGACAGUGGUGGAUCAGUGCACGUUUCACUUGGUGGAUCAGUGCACGUUUCACCAAAAUACUGUGUUAGUAAAUGAGCCCUAUCGCUGUGUUUUAAAGUGUAUAUAUCACCUAAACACUCAUUUUGUGUUCUAAACCAAAUUGCCGUCUAUCCAUUCGCUAGGAACGUCCCUGGGGUGUGAGACCCUUUUGUGACGUUACGUGUUCUUGGUGAAUGGAUAGGCUGCACUCACUUUCAUGAAUAUAACGGGUGCAUCCACAAUACGGCUGCUUCCACUUUGGGCAGCGGCGGAUCCAGAGGGGGGCCAUACAGGAUGGUUGCGAUCACUGUCCUCCAUGGAACUGUCGCAAACUGCGAGCAUGUGGCUCGGAUCCUUUAACGGUCAUUAUUUUUUUUUAAUAGAGGCAUGUGACUAUGACAUCAUUAUAUCAUAAAUAUCAAACAAUAGGAAAUUAACACAUCCGCAUGUGUAUCAUUUGGGUGACUAAUUGUGUUACGUUGUGUAACUAAUGUUUCAAGAUUGUGACGUGUGUUAUCUAUUAUUGUUAUUAUUAUUAUUAUUAUUAUUAUUGUGCUGCUUAUUUAUCUAUUUAUUUCUAUUUUGUGAAGUGUUUUCGGUCCGGGGCUAUUACCCCUGCGGCUCUUGGGUCCGAGCUGCUGUGUGUUACAAACAUAAAUUAUUUAUUUUAUUUUAGUUGUACAUUAUACAUGUACAUUCUUUCCAAACAUGACGUAUCAAAAAUAUAAUACUAUAAGUCAAUAUAUAAGUAGGUAAUAGUAAUUUAAAUGAUUCAAACUUGAACCUCAGGCCGGAAGCUGCAGGUCAGAGCUGGUGAGGAUUAGAACCUUUGUUUGAAGUCAACCAAAAUUCUGCAUUUUAACAAUUUAAAUUCUACAAAUUAUAUUAUUAAUCCAGGUAAUGUCACCGAACAGGGGAAGCGAGUGUUAGGCAGCCUGUGGUUCAACAGCACUCUGCUGGGGCCUGACAGGGCUUGCUGGGACCUAUAGUUCCCCACUGGUUGCCAAUGCCUUGUUACAUAUCAUGACUUUUCAUUAACACAACAUGAUCGAAAAGAACAUUGCAAAAAUGUGACUGCAGUCUACUGUGAUACUCUUGAUCAGACUAUAUGUUCCUUCCCAAGCAAUGUACCUCCUGAUUACUAAACCGUUCUGCCUGAUGAUAUAAAGACUGUGCUGAAAAGCAGAAGCGCUAAAGAGGAGACGAGUAUUAGUAAUUGUUGCAUGAGGGCGUGCACAAGCUGAUAAAUGAAGUUAUUAGAAGGCGGGCAACUGCAUAGAGAAAUAAAAUGAUCGCCAUAUACCGCAGUGCUGUACUUUUCACUGUAUGAUACAGUAACUGAUUCGAUGGCAAUUCUAUCUAAUAUUCUAAUAUUAUUGUGCUGGCAUCAGGUCUUGAAUAAUCCUUACAUAUAUACUGUGUACUGUAUGCAGCCAUCAGUAUAAAUAAGCUGGACCAGAGCUGACUGUAUGGCGGUCGGGGUAGGUGGUCAGAUGUCGUCUUUUAUUCAGGACAUUCCGGAACAAAUAUUCAAAAUAAUGCAGAUUAUCAGUUCACUUUGAGCCAAUCACGUCUCUGACGCAUGAGGUACAAGGUGCCUCGUACCGUAGCGACACCCCUGGCAUAGUAAAUUGGUAGGCUGCAUUCUCGUGAACGUUAGUUCUUCAGCCCACAAAUUAGCUGCCCCCGCUGCUCAGUGGUGACCGGCACCUGGUAUUGUCACUGCCCCUUCCGGUCCUGUAUGUUGACAAUGUUAAUAAGGUUUUGCUGUUUACACAUGAAACACAAUCUGUAUGACGCCUGUAAUUACAAUACUAUCUAGCUAUGCUGCUUGGAGUCCAAAUUCCAUCAAUACUUUGCACUUGUUCACUUGCUAUUCAUGUAUACUGUUUACACGUAUCCGAUCAAGAUGUUUGUCCUACAAUAUUAUAUUGAGAGAUGUUAUUUAUUUGCACAUGUUUCACUUUAUGUAGUCUUUUAUUUAGUACAUGAUGUUAAUUGUUCCACUGUUAAAUUACAGAAAAAUAAACAUUAGUUUACAUA